UGUCAAAGCCGUGUCCAAACUUACUGUACUUGUUCACACUGACAGGAGCUGUGACUCCUGCUGACAAAUGGAAAACCAAGAGGAGAGACACUGAAAAAGGAUCCACAGACGUUUCAGUAUGGAUCAAGUAGCUUCUAGCCAGAAGUCGACUUUGCUUCCGCUGGAAGCCGAGAGUGAAGCACUGCAGCUCAGAGUGGACUUCUUCAGGAAACUGGGAUACCUUUCAGACGAGGUGACAACGGCUCUGACGAAGCUCGGCUUGAACACGGACACAAACUCAGUGCUCGCAGAGCUGCUGAGGAGCAGAAACGUGGCUGUGCCCAAUGCAGCAAACGGUGACAGCGAUGACAGGAGCACAGGCCAGAAGGACCGUCUGCUGCCCCCCAGCUGGGCCCCGGGGCCCUGCAGAACUACAGUGCCCCCGGUGGACAGGAAACAAUCAGAAACAGACUUGAGGCCUGUUGUUAUUGAUGGCAGCAAUGUUGCCAUGAGCCACGGCAACAAGGGUUUCUCUUGCAGAGGCAUCCAAUUAGCAGUGAACUAUUUCCUGGACAGGAGUCAUACCAACAUCACUGUGUUUGUUCCGUCUUGGCGCAAGGAACAGCCAAGACCUGAUGCCCCCCUAACAGAUCAACACAUCCUAAUGGAGCUUGAAAAACAGAAAAUAGUUGUUUUCACUCCCUCACGGCGUGUUGGUGGAAAACGAGUGGUUUGCUAUGAUGACCGUUUUAUCGUGAUGGCGUAUGAGUCAGAUGGUGUGAUCGUAUCUAAUGACACCUAUCGUGACCUCCAAGGAGAAAGACCAGAGUGGAAGAAAUGCAUUGAGGAAAGGCUCCUCAUGUACUCCUUUGUCAAUGACAAGUUCAUGCCUCCAGAUGACCCCCUGGGUCGUCAUGGCCCCAGUCUUGACAACUUUCUUCGUAAAAAGCCUCUCCCUAUGGAGCAAAAGAGACAGCUCUGUCCAUAUGACAAAAAGUGUACUUAUGGCAUCAAAUGUAAGUUCUACCAUCCGGAGCGGACAAACCAGUCCUACCUGUCUUUGGCUGAUGAAUUAAGAGAAAAAGCACAGAUUUCGACAACGAAAGAUGACAGAAACUCCAAAUUUUCAAAAAGACACCUUCAAUCUAAUCCAGAGCCUGCUCAUAGUGCAUUUUCCAAUAAUUUAGAGUUUGACAAAGCUGAGAAAAGUCAUCUACAUCCUGGUCAGGUUUAUGAAAAUACAUUGUAUGGGGAUGAGCAUAGAAACAGUCCAAAUCUCAUGACUUGUUCUGUAACAGGAGACCAGUCUCAGAAAGAAUGGCCCCCGCUACUUUCAGUAUCAAAUCAGUAUUACCCGAGCAUGUCUUCAGAGCAUCUAGAUUCUGGCCUAGGCUCUUACGAGAGUCAGUACUCCAUUCCCCAUUACCUCGGCAUCAACGACAGGCUUAGGUCUCAGCAACAAAAUGCCUUAAGUGGAAGCAGAAAUCCAUCAGUGCAUUUAGAGAACAGUAUCACCAACCAGGAUGGAAGGUGCUGUUCCCAUGCAGUGCCUUCAGCACUUUGUGGAAACUCAAACCUGGAUUAUCAGCCCAAAACUGGCACCAGCCCUUCUCACAGCUUACCCCCUGGUGCUUCACAUAAACACAGUCUCCCCAGCCAUUUCCAGUAUGGUGGAACCCCCCACCAUCAACAGAAAUACUGGUCAGAUCCCUUUCAGGGACUGCCCCAAGCCAGGUCAUCUCACCAUCUCCACACAUCUGUGCAGUCCUCAUAUCAGCACAACUCCUGCUGCUGCUGCCACAAGGACCAACAGUACUAUUGCUGGGCCCCACAACAUACACCUUCCACGAACUUUGACACACAAAGACUGGAGGUCCGCAAGAAACUGCAAGCCAUCUUCAAUCCCGAUCUAGUGGAUACAGUCAUGAAAAUGUUUCCACACCUGAUGGAUGCAGAGAAGCUGGUUGUAGAGAUCAUUAACCUGAAGUCUCAGAGGGGGGUUUUCUCAUAGCCCAAUGACUAUUAUUGUAACUGUGUCUGUUAAAAAUUUAUAUGAAUUCCUGUUCACAUUACCUAUAAUCACAGCACUCACUAAUAAUCAGCGGUGGGCACAGCUAACCGAAAAGGUAGCUUCAUUUGCUCACUGAAAGUUAACUUUGAUAACACUAAACCGAUAAACCGAUAAAAAAAUUUAGUGACCGUUACCGCUAGCCGCUAUCUUUUAGUAUUGAUUCGGUUGCGGCCACAUCUGUCGGGUACAGAUAAACUUCUAAAAUCUACACCUCAUCCUUUGCGUUGAGGUUCCCCACCGAAGAAAACUCGUGUAAGUUUUGUCUUUAUAUAAAAACACACCAAUAAGUGCCUUUUCACUUUUAAAAAAGUAAAGAUUUGCAUGUACAUGUUGUCUUUAAAGCAGACACACUAACUGUUAAUUUAUGGGAUACUAGAUUGUUGCAGACACACAACAGACAGGAACUAACAUGUAUGAUUUUAGGGUGUACAAACGUUUUUGACCAUUAAACUUUACUCACUUUAUCAGCAAAACAAAUGUUAGCGGACUGAAAGUUAGCAGGACUAAAUUUAGCAGAAGCUAAUUGGUCUACUAAUUGGUCAAAGUUAGCUGAAAAGCUAAUCUGCGAACAAAAAAGCUUUGGUAAUUAACAGUUAGUGGAUUAGAGGAACUGUGCCCACCACUGCUAAUGAUGCAGAGAGCAGGCACUUAGAAUUUAUUGGGAGAAGAUCCUUAUUCCUCACCUACAGCAUACUGUGUUUCUGUGCAGUGGAAUUUUCUAGCUUCAUUUGUACAUUUGUCUGUUGGCAUAUGGCUAUAAAAUAGUAGUUGACUGUAAAUACUCUAAGGCUGCCAUUAACAACUACUUUUCUGUUGAUUAAUCUACACUGUAAACUUGAACAAAUUCCUUGUUAUCCUUGUUAACAAGGAAUUUUUAAUCAGCUGUAUUUUUGAGUUGAAUAUUAUGUUUGAUUUUACAGUGUAUCAACUAUUUUACAGAUUAGCUGAUUAAUCCAAACAGUUACUUUUCGUCAAAAACAAUGUUUUCAAUAGCUAUUUUUGGCAGUCACCAUUAAAAGGCUACUUUAUCAAAUGUUGGUAAUUUUUUUUUUCAGUCUUCUAGUAGGAAUACAUAUAAAGAGAGGAAUUUUAGGAGAAAGUGCAUUGAUUAAUGCGUUAAUCCAUUCAGAAAGGACACAAAUAAAUCUGAAGGAGGAACCAAAACAUCAAUGCACUUUAAUUCAAUAGUAUUGACUGAGUGAAUUUGAAACCCAUUCAGUGGUUUGCAUUUGAAGUCUUCAUUGAAAAAUUGUGGAUAACAGCUGUCUGAAAUACUUUUUUUUUUUUUUUUUUAAAGCUGCUCAAGAAGUCUGUCUUCUUGAGGUACAAACAAAGGUGGUCAAGAAUUCUCAAUCUGACUCUGCAAGUUCAUAUACUACAGGUUUUGGAUCAUUUAUUAUAGUUCAUAAUUACAUUGUAAAUGAUUUUUUUAAAACUGCCCUGUCCCCUAAAAGCAUUCUAAUGUCUACUACUUUCUCUCUUUAUAUUUGAAAUUAAAAAGGUCACUUCAUAAUAAAAUAAUACAACGCAUUGACUAAAAAUAUUGUCAAUGCAUUUUCAUUGCCAAUGUACUUGAUUGUAUGGACAAAUCAUGUUGACUAAUCAUGACAGCCCGAAAAUGCCCAAUUGCUGUGAACAUGUUUGUAUUCAAAUAAACAUUUUAUAAUCACAGAUUCAACUGAUACAAUGCAGAUUAACAACAACUAAACUGUCAGCUAUUUUGCCAUUUUAAGUGAGUGAUCUUAGAUGAGGGACAAGGAAAGAACACUUUGCCAAUUAUGUCAUUUCCAGAGAAAGGCAUGUGACUGGCACAUUUAGCCAAGUACAUCAAAUAUCUAUGUGAAUAUUUGGCCUUCCACAAUCCCAAAAACAGAACCAUGUCAAUGACAAAUGGAACCCAGUUCGAAAUCCCAACCAUAACUUGAAUCUAACCAAAAUCUUAAAUGUAAUUGGCUCUUGAAUCUGUGUUUUAUCACAUUUUGCAGGAAGUGGGGGUUCAGGAAAAAUUAAUAUUUUAAAAAGUGAAGUUCAAUCCAGAAUCUGACUUACAUUAUACAGUGGGGCCAAAAAGUAUUUAGUCAGCCCCUGAUUGUGUAAGUUCUGCUACUUAGAAACAUGAGAGAGGUCUGUAAUUUUCAUCAUAGGUACACAUCAACUAUGAGAGACAAA